CUUUAUUUGACUAACAGAAUACCGAAAAUGACUCCAAGACAAUAAAGCUCUUAUUUUCGAUUCAACCGAGUGAAUAAGAUAAUAAUUAAGUUUUAAGCAGAUAGUGGCACUUUCAAAAAUUCCAAAUAUCCAAUGACGUCACAACAAAAGUGCUGACCUUUGUAUACAUAGCUUUUGAUCGAUUUUCACAACACUGACAUAAGCGAAAAUUUACUUUCAUGACAUACUAUAAGUUUGUAAUGAUUUUUUAAUGGCCACAGUAAUUAUCACAGUACUAGUUAAAAAGAAGAGCGUAUCUCAAAGAUUUAGCAUAUUUUUUUAAUCGCACUCUGUAAAACAUGAAAUCACUUUUUUAUAGAACAAAGUGAGCAAAAGAAUAAUUAACGAUUGUAAAUAUUUCUGCUUAAUAAAUAAUAACUCUUUAGUAUUGUAAAAAUAUUUUUUUAAAUAGUUUUUAAUAAUAAACAAAUAUAGCUUGAAAAAAGAAAAUAUUGACAAAACAUUACAACAAAAUAAGAGAAGAGAACAAUGCUUCAGAAUUUACUGAAACAAAAAAUGUUGUGGCAAUUGUUUAUGAGCAAAGACAAGUAAAAUGAAGCAAAAAUAUUUCCUCUGCAUUCUCAUUUUUGCAUUGGUUGGCAUAAACCAUAACUCAGCACAAAUCGAUCCAAUUGAUCAGUUACUUAAAAGUAUAGGACUUGGCGACUUGAAGAAAAAUUUGACUAGUGGUAUUGCAGUCGAUUGGGUGAAUGUCCUCAAGACUCCUUUUAUCAAUGACACGCUUCACUCGAAUGGAAUCGAUCCGAAAAUGCUGAUUGAUGUGGUUACAAAUAUCGACAUGCAGAAAUUGAUAAAAGCUUUAAAAGUGCUCGAUAUUUUUAAUUUGUAUUUAGCUGGUAAUACCACAGGUGUGACAAGUGUUGUUUCCAAUUGGAAUUACGAAAAAAUUAUUUCAACAAUUAACAUCAAAAAUGUCGCUAAGAUUUUGCUGAAGGACAAGAAAAUUAUGAAGGAAAUUAAAGCGCUUAACCUUGAUCCGAAAAUUAUUUUAGAAUUGAUUGAAAUGGUUAAUAUAAACAGUGUUUUAAAAGCACUUGAUAUUGAAAAGAUUGUUAAAAAUGUUUUAACUGGAGGAAAAAAAAUUGAUGUGCAAAUCAUACUGGAUAAUUUAAAUUAUGCAAAAAUACUGAAAACAAUUGACAUGUCCAAGGCUGUUAACAUUAUAUUUAAAUAUGUGAACAUUACUGAAGAAAUAUCUGGUGUUGGCGUCAGUGUCAAGAUGGUAGAGAGGUUACUGGCAAGCAUUGAUCCAGAUGACUUGGUAAAAGCAAUUGACAUCAAAAAGAUUUUGAAAUAUGUAAUGACUGGUAAAACAGACAAUAUCAUGAAAGUUGUAUUGGAAAGUGUGAAAUUUGACAAAUUACUGAAAAUGGUCACGGAUAAGAAGUUUAUCAUAAAAAUGAUAACAGGAGACGCCACAAAAGCGCUUUCGGCCCUAUCACCACCAUGCUCAAUGUAUUUAACAAAUCUUGUUGCACCAUUUAAAAACAGUUCGCUACAAGAUGCUCUUCCAAAACUGAUGUCUUCUCCGCUGGCAAAAUAUAUUGAUUCAUGGGCCAAACCACCCUCUCGUGUUCUGCAUGGAAAUAUUCGAUGGCUGGGUGCAUACGAUGAAUGCAUGGAGAUUCCAAAUGCUAAAUACUGCUUUUCAAAGAUGGUUCUAUUUGGUCGGGACAACCCGUUGGUACCUGGAUAUUAUGCUAGCUGUGUACCCAGCCAAUGCACAACUUCUGAUGUUUUAAAAAUAUUAAAAGUAGCAGAAAACAUAACAUCCAAGUAUAUUGCAUUCGGCAAACCAACAUGUGAAAAACCAGUGGAAUAUAAAACAGGCUUCAAAGUCACGUUAGUUCUCUGUGUGGUUAUUUGCGUGCUCUGUAUAAUUGGAACAACAUUGGAACUGUUGAUAGCUUCAAAUGCAGUAUCAUACGAAAUUCAGGAAAGCAUUUCAUCCGACGAAAAAAACAUUCAAAUGAAAGAAAUUAAAAAACAAGAUGACACAGAAUAUAUGGAGGAAGCAAUAGUGUUUUCAACUAAGAAGGGGAAAAAUUCUUUCUUCUUUUUCUGCAAGAAUAUCAGUAUUAGAAAGGAUAAUUCUUUGGUUAAGUUUUUCUUGUGUUUUGGUCUACACAAAAACUCAAGGCAAGUUUUGUCAACUGAAGUACCCAAAAAUGCAAUUGGUUGCGUUAAUGGUAUACGUACUAUUAGCAUGAUGUGGGUCAUUUUGGGUCACCUCUACUUCUUCGGUAUGCUGUCACCAUUAGAUAAUCCAUUAACUGUCGCCAAAAUCUUCCACACUUACAAAUUUCUUCCCAUUUCGAAUGCUUAUGUGUCGGUGGAUACGUUUUUCUUAUUGAGCGGUUUGCUCGUGGCUUUUCUCGGAUUGCGAAGAAUGGAUAAAAAUGAAGGAUGUUUAAACAUACCAAUGUUUUAUCUGCACCGAUUUAUAAGGUUAACCCCUCCUUACAUGUUCGUGAUUUUGUUCUGGAACAACAUCUUUCCCUUGAUAAUUACUGGACCACUUUCACAAAACUAUCGAAACGAUGACUUCCAGGAAGCUUGCAAUAAUUACUGGUGGACAAACUUGUUAUAUAUAAAUAAUUUUUAUCCUAAAAUGACAAAGGAGUGUCUGGGAUGGAGUUGGUAUCUGGCCAAUGACAUGCAGUUUUAUAUUAUUAGUCCCAUCUUUCUGAUUUUGAUAUAUCGCUUCGAUCGACAUUUUGAGUUCAGCAGAUAUCGAUAUAUUUUUGGCUAUCUCAUCAUUGCUGUUGCUUGUUUUAUAUCAUUUAUUGUCACUGCUAGUAUAAUUGGUGCAAAAAAUUACCCAGUUCUCAUUACAGCUACUAUAUUUCCUGGUAACCCACGAAGCAAACACAUUCAGGAAUCACAAGAUGCAUUAUAUAUAAAACCUUACAUACGUGCCCCACCAUAUUUGGUUGGAAUUCUUUUGGGAUAUAUUCUAUCAAGAAAAGUGACAAUCAAACCAAGAUACAAAAAGCUUCUAUAUUCAAUUGGAUGGAUAAUAUCAAUACUUUUUGCGUAUGGCGUUAUUUUUGGUCCAUGGGGCGUGUUUAAGGAGGGCGGUGAUUUUUUUACAUUGACCCAAGCAGUUUGCUAUGGUUCGCUACACAGAUUAGCGUUUGGUAUAUCGGUUGCUUGGAUUAUUUAUGCUUGUCACAACAAGGCUGCUGGUUACAUCAACGACCUUCUAUCCAUGCGCGUUUGGGUUCCAAUGAGUAGAUUAACAUUUGGUGCAUACCUUCUUCACCCACUUGUGAUCAUAUUUUUCUUCAAUGCGCAAGGAAACGCCUACCAUUAUGCAGAAAAUCUUGUGGUAUUCGAUUUUAUUUCACUCACUUUCGUGUCAUAUGCUUGUGCAUUUCUACUGGCUGUAUUUGUGGAGUAUCCUGUUUUGAAUUUGGAAAAAAUGGCAUUCAAAUUAUAAAAUGAUUAUCUGGAAACAAAGAAAUUCUUUAUGUCCAAUAAAAGCAUGGAAAUAAAGAGUAAAGUUAAGUUUUACAGCCAUAAUUACAGAACAAUGGCUAAAUAAAAAGUGUAUGUAUUUAAAAAACUUCACCUCAGUGUAAAUAAUCACCUUUACCACACGCGAAAGACCAAUAUAGUACUCGUUGUACCAUCUUUCUUACUCACCUUUAUUAGUUUUUACUUAUUGCAUGUACUGAACGCCAAAUUAAUAUGGGCGAUAUAAAACGUUUUGUAAUACACGUUUUUUUAUAAGCAACUCCAUUCUGAGCUUACACUAGAUAUUUUAGUUCUUUAAAAGACAUUGUUUUAAAGAUCCGCUUUUUAGGUUCAAACUUCGGUUGAUUAAGUUUUAAAAUUCCCAGCGGAGAGAAUUUAUUAGCGUUGACCAACAUCUUAGUCCUCAGCAACUCAAUUGCUUAUAAAAAACGUGUAACUAAAUAAAAAGUGUAUUUUGUUUUCAAUGAAUAUGCAGACAUUGGAGUAAGGCAGGUGGAGCUUUGAAACCCUCACUGGAGCAACUGUUCGUAAAUUUUGCCCAAUCAUUGAUAUCCUUCUUUUUUUUAAUGUCAUAAAUGCCACAUGUGUAAUACUAUAUCUUUCUUUUACAUGAUUUUAUAUAAUUGUAUUUUUUUAGAUUACAUUUUUUUAUUACUUUGUUAUUUAGCUUAUCUCUAUAACAAUGCAAUGUAAAAAUGUUUAGUAAUCGCAAAAAUCAAAAGCGGAAAAUAUAACGUACAUUUUUGUCGAA